AUGGCGAAGCUCCAAACCUCCAAGAAGCGCCGCCUCGUCAAAACCGCCGAUAAGACCCCGAAGCUCGAACCACAACCACCACAAUCCGAACAAAACAAUGACGAAGAAGAAGUAGACCUCCGCCACAAACAGCCCCAAACCGGGUCCGGUUCCGGGUCGGACUCCGACUCCGACUCCGACCCGUCCGAGUCCCUCUUCCAGCUCCUGGAGCCCUACUCCAAGGAGCAGCUCAUCUCCCUCAUAACCUCCGCCGCCUCCACCGACUCCUCCCUCCGCAAACGCAUCCGCCGCGCCGCCGACGCCGACGUCUCCCACCGCAAGAUCUUCGUCCACGGCCUCGGCUGGGACACCACCCGCGAAGUCCUCGUCUCCGCCUUCGAGCCUUUCGGCGAGGUCGAGGACUCCAAUCUCGUCAUGGACAAACUCACCGGAAAAGCCAAAGGCUACGGCUUCGUCCUCUUCAAGACCCGCCGCGCCGCCCUCAAAGCCCUAAGGGAGCCCAAGAAGACCAUCGGCAACCGCUGCGCCUCCUGCCAGCUCGCCUCCGUCGGCCCCGGCACCAACACCAACACGGCGGCGCCGAGCGGCCAGUCGGAGUCCUACUCCGGGAGGAAGAUUUACGUCAGCGGCGUGCCGCACGAGGCCGACGCCGAGAAAUUGAGAGCUCUGUUUGUGAAAUUUGGGGAAAUCGAGACCGGGCCAAUGGGGUUCGAUUCGCAGACUGGAAAAUGCCGAGGGUUUGCUUUGUUCUUGUACAAGACUGUUGAGGGUGCCAAGAAGGCGCUUGAGGAGCCGGUGAAGGUUUUCGAAGGGCAUCAAUUGAACUGCCAGAAGGCCACUGAGGGUUCUAAGAACAAGAACAAUGCGGCUGCGCCGGCACAGCAAACGCAGGCUCCGCCGCUGGCACCGGUGCCUGGUGCGCAGAAUAUGGCAUUUUUCGGACAGUAUGCGGGAUUGAAUCCGUUGUAUGGUGGGAUGAUGACCAGUAUGGGAGGUGCAUUGGUUCCUGGGACUGGUAACCCGGCUAUGAUGGCCCGGCCUUUGAAUCCGGGUUUACUUGCUGGGGCAUUGAAUACUGGUGUUUUUCCAGCUGGACAGUAUGGUCAGGUUGGUGCUGGGGGGUUCGGUGGUGUGUCUAAUGGUAUGGGGAGUUUUGGCCCGGGAGGUUCGUUGCUUGGGGCAUACGGGACUAUUGCACCGCUUCCUACAAUGCAGAGUCUGCAGCAAGUUUAUCCAAGUUCACAGCCGGGGCAGACGGCUACAGUUAGGCCUCAGGGGACUGGUGGGUACCAGCCAUAUAUGUGAGUAAGUGUGGCUGAAGUUCAGGAGGGAUGAUCAAUGACUCUUGGGGAAUGUUAUCUAAAGCUUGCUUUGGGUUGAUCAGUUUUUCUGGAAGUUUUUCAUAGGGAAGACUUUGGAAUUGAAUAUAAUUUUCUCACGCUCCAUAUCUUCCCCAUGCUCGGCAACAACUUGAUGGAUGUUCCGUUUUUUCUUUUUUUCUUUUCUAGUCCAUCAAAUCUGUCAAGCUUUAUCUUGUAAGAACUUUCAACAUCUAUUUUUACUUUUAUGCUCAGAUUUAACUUCCAGUGCAUAUCUUUUUAAUAUGGCCAUCU